CGCGGCCAGACUCCAUCACCCUGAGCCUUGUCUGGACUGGCCCACUGAGCUUUAACUUUCUCAUCGCUGAGGACCCCGUAAAGGGUGAUCCAAGCCAAUGGCGCGGUUGUUGCCGUGGUUCACACGGCCAUGUAGGUAGUUUCUCUUGGUAGUCCACACUUCUGAUUUCUCUUAUUGCUUUUACGAGUGGGGUCUAUUGAUUAUCCUAUAAUCCGAAUGAAGAGUGCUGACAGUCUCUGAUGCUCGCUCUUUCUUCCUCAUCCCUCUUUCUUUGAAGCAAUAAUCAUAACUCAUUACCGUCACCGAGCAUUGAUUCAAUAGGUCCAAUAGCUCCCUCUCCUUGAGAUCGCGUCUGGCUGCGUCGCUUGUUGCUGGGACUUCCUACAUGUCCCCCACCACUAUAUAAUUUCUGAAAGAUCUCCAUCCCCUACAGAACGCGCAGUCAGCAUGCUAGGACUAGGCGUUCUAGCACUUCUUCCCUUCGCAGCGGCGAAGGCUCUGCGGCCGCGAACAACAGCCUGCAACAACUCCCCCGACUUAUGCUCUAAAUCGUACGGAGAGAUUACUCACCUGGGCGCACAUGACAGUCCUUUUCUACGAGACGCAUCGACUGAUUACUCUACUUUUGGAGACCAAUACUACAAUACCACCCUCCAGCUCGAUGCUGGUGUCCGUCUUGUCACGGCUCAAGUCCAUAAGUCAAAUUCAGAGUGGCGCUUGUGCCACUCUAGUUGUGAGUACUUGGAUGCAGGACUGUUAAGCACAUGGCUCUCGGAUAUCAAAACCUGGUUGGACUCCAAUCCAAAUGAUGUUGUGACUAUCCUGCUGGUCAAUUCAGACGAUGCGACAGCCUCCGACCUUCACUCGCAGUUCCAAACCGCUAAUGUUGGCAACUAUACCUAUACUCCUACCUCGCAGACUUCAGCGCCCAGCUCGUGGCCAACGUUACAAGAAUUGAUCGAUGACGGUACUCGGUUGAUGACAUUUGUGGCCUCUUUGGAAGCUUCCAACAACACAGUUGCCCCAUAUCUGAUGGAUGAGUUCACCUUUAUUUGGGAGAACCCCUACGACGUGACCUCUUCAUCCAACUUCUCUUGCGAGCCCGAUCGCCCCUCAACCGUCAAGAACGAACUUUCCGCCGCAUUGUCUUCCAAUCGGCUACCAUUCAUGAACCAUUUCCUCUACCAGGAGACCCUGGAUAUUGAGUACCCCAACGUCAGCUAUAUCUCCACCACCAAUGCGCCCUCCGGAGGAACAGGAAACCUUGGCGACACGGCGACCAAAUGCAAGAAGGAGUACAACGGCCGUCAGCCGACCUUCAUCCUUGUGGACUUCUUCGACAAGGGACCUGCAAUCGAUACCGUUGAUAGUCUGAACAAUGUUACCAACGCCACCGGACGGAAGAACCUGACUUCCAUCAGCGUAACGAGCUCGGCCUCCACUUACUCCAACGUCUUCAAGGGCCUGGUCGAAGUUGUCCAGAAAGCCAAAGACGGGGCGAACCCUAGCACGGGUGAGUGGAUCUGGGCCGGCGGGGAUUGGGGAAGUCUACUAGGUGGCGGGAUCGCGAUCUAAGCCGAACGCUACGGCCUUCUUUCUUCAUCCUUUCUUUCUACCUUCCGGGGUUACUAGCAUAUUUAGUAUAUUUCAACAUUUCCGCAGUUACACAGAUCAGCGCUGGAUUUGAAGUUUGGACGAGCCUCAUGACAUUCUUUGGCUAUAAAUCGGGUAUAAGGGCGCGGCGUUUGGAUGAUUCUCUCAACUUGGAUAGUGUACCUAACUGAUAGGACCAUUUUUACCAUGUCCAUAAGCGAUCGCAUGUGCAAGUACAAUUGCUGGAUCAUUCUCAACCAAUGGAGUAUAAUACAUUGACGUCUCUCACCCCUC